CUUCCUCCUGCCACGUCAAGCCCUGACUCAUUAUUUUAACUCCCCCCGAGACACUGAGCACCCUCCAGCGCUCUGCUGCCCGGCCUUCUUCUUUUUUUCUGAUGAGCUGCUUGGGGAUGGCCUUUGCAGUUGUGCUGUUCCUGACUGGCCUGGCUUCUUAUCAUGGAUUCAACUUGGAUGUGGAGGAGCCCCUGGUCUUCCAAGAGGACGGAGCCAGCUUUGGCCAGAGCGUGGUCCAGUUUGACAGAUCUAGACUGGUGGUGGGAGCCCCCUUGGAGGUGGUCACAGUCAACAAAACGGGACGUUUGUACGACUGCACGCCUGCCACCCGAGGGUGUCAGCCCAUCUCGCUGAACACCACCUCAGAGGCUGUGGACAUGUCCCUGGGCCUGUCCCUGGCGGCCUCCACCCAUCUCUCCCAGCUGUUGGCCUGCGGCCCGACUGUGCACAAAGCCUGUGGGGAGAACAUGUACAUAAAAGGCACUUGCCUCCUGCUGGACUCCCAUCUGCAGAUCAUCCGGACGGUCCCCGCCGCCCUGCCAGAGUGUCCAAGUCAAGAGAUAGACAUCGCCUUCUUGAUUGAUGGCUCUGGCAGCAUUGACCGAGCUGACUUUAAACGAAUGAAGGACUUUGUCAGAGCUGUGAUGGACCUGUCCAAGGGCACCGACACGCAGUUCUCGCUGAUGCAGUAUUCAAACCUUAUGAAGACCCACUUCACCUUCAGCCAAUUUCAGACCGCUCGGAACUCUCGGAGCCUAGUGGAUCCUAUCGCCCAGCUGAAUGGUCUGACGUUCACAGCCACCGGUAUCCGGAAAGUGGUGAGAGAACUAUUUCACAGUAGGAAUGGGGCCCGUGUGAAUGCCAGGAAAAUCAUCAUUGUCAUCACAGACGGGGAGAAAUUUAAAGACCCCCUGCAAUACAGCGACGUCAUCCCUGAGGCAGAGAAAGCCAACAUCAUCCGUUACGCCAUCGGGGUGGGAGAUGCUUUCCAGGCACACACUGCCAGGCGGGAGUUGACCACCAUUGGCUCCAUGCCUUCGGAGGACCACGUGUUCAUGGUGGGCAACUUUGCAGCACUCAGCAGCAUCCAAGCGCAGCUUCAGGAGAAGAUCUUUGCAGUUGAGGGAACUCAGUCGAGGACAAGUAGCUCCUUCCAGCAUGAGAUGUCUCAAGAAGGCUUCAGUUCCAUCCUCACAAUG